UAACUCCACAAACCCCUCUUCCAAGGAUCGAGGCCAGGGUGCUCCUAAACUGCAAGCUCUGAGUUGUGCAGGGCUGCAAGUGUGAAGGCACUGUUAAACUUGGCAGAGAGACUGGGAGAGGCCAAACCAAGAGGACUGAUAAAAGCAGAUAUUGAGCAACUUCCAUCCUACAGGUUCAACCCAAACAACCACCAGUCAGAACAGACUUUGUGUGUUGUGUGCAUGUGUGACUUUGAGUCAAGGCAACUACUUAGAGUUUUACCAUGUAACCACGAGUUCCAUGCCAAGUGUGUUGACAAAUGGCUUAAGGCAAAUCGUACCUGCCCUAUUUGCAGAGCCGAUGCUUCAGAAGUGCAUCGUGAUUCAGAAUGACCAGUCUAAGAGCACAAUUCUACUUUGGGUGUUCCUAGUCACGUGCGUUCAGUUUAAGAUGGUACGUGCCAAGUCUUGGAUCCUGAAGAAGCACUUUGAGGGGUUUCCCAAGCAGAGCAAUUUUGAACUCAAAGAGACAGAACUGCCAGCACUGAAGGAUGGAGAGGUGCUGCUCGAAGCCGUGUUCCUCAGUGUUGACCCUUAUAUGAGACCAUACAGUAGAAUCCACAUGCAGGAAGGGGGUACCAUGAUUGGCACACAGGUUGCAAAGGUUCUGGAAAGCAAGGAACCAAAGUAUCCAGUAGGGUCAUUUGUGUUAUCUAAUUCCGGCUGGACAACUCAUGCCAUUUCCGAUGGCAAAAAUCUUUCCCUAAUGUCUCCUGACUGGCCAGGAAACCUCUCCCGAUCUCUGGCUCUCGGAGCAAUUGGCAUGCCUGGACUUACAGCCUACUUUGGCCUGUCUGAGAUCUGCAGGCCGAAACCAGGCGAGACCAUCCUGAUUAAUGCAGCAGCUGGUGCAGUGGGGAGUGUGGCAGGGCAGAUCGCAAAACUCUUGGGGUGCAAGGUGGUUGGCUGUGCGGGUUCCAAUGAGAAAGUUGCCUACCUGAAAGCACUUGGCUUUGAUGAAGCCUUUAACUAUAAGACGGUGGAGUCUCUGGAAGAAGCACUGAAAAAAGCAUCCCCUGAUGGCUAUGACUGCUACUUCGAUAAUGUGGGAGGAGAGUUUAGCAGCGUUGUUUUGGAACAAAUGAAGAAGUACGGGAGAAUUGCAGUGUGUGGCGCAAUCUCAUUGUAUAAUGACACUGUGACUCAGAAAGGGCCUUAUUCCCAGGUGCCGAUGAUCCUUAAAGAACUGUGCAUGGAAGGCUUCACUGUGACCCGCUGGGAGAACAGGAAGGAAGAAGGGCUGGGAGCGCUGCUGAAAUGGGUUCAAGAGGGGAAAAUAAAGUGUCAUGAACACGUCACUAAAGGCUUUGAAAACAUGCCAGCAGCAUUCAUGGGUAUGCUUAAAGGCGAAAAUACGGGGAAGGCGAUAGUACAAAUGUAACAGGCAACUUCCUGUUCUUACAGGAAGCCAAGCACAAUAAAUGCUUUGUCACACCUUGAA